AAAAACAUCAGUCAUUCUUUGUGCUUUGUUUACCUGUCCACCAUUUUCUAUUUCUGUUAUGUACGUUUGGUGACCUGUGAGUAAAGACAUUCGGAGUGAUGGAUGAUCCUGGAAGAAUGAUUGGUCAUCCCGGGGGCGGUUUGAUGGCUCCACAACCGUAUGGGAUGACCCCGCAGAACGAGGCUCCCGCUGGAAACGAAAAUGAGCCCCGUAAACAGGACAUCGGCGAGAUUCUACAGCAAAUCAUGAACAUUACCGAUCAAAGUUUAGACGAAGCCCAAGCAAGGAAACAUACUUUGAAUUGCCAUCGGAUGAAACCUGCGUUAUUUUCGGUACUGUGUGAAAUAAAAGAAAAGACAGUGUUGUCACUAAGAAAUACCCAAGAAGAAGAACCUCCAGAUCCACAGCUGAUGCGACUAGACAACAUGUUGAUUGCAGAAGGAGUUGCGGGUCCUGAAAAGGGAGGAGGUGCCGGAGCUGCAGCUUCUGGAUCAGCUGCUGCUCAAGCUGGACAACCCGACAAUGCUAUUGAACACUCAGAUUAUAGAGCUAAGUUGGCACAAAUUAGACAAAUUUACCAUCAAGAAUUGGAGAAAUACGAACAGGCUUGUAAUGAAUUUACAACUCACGUAAUGAACCUACUUAGAGAACAGAGUCGCACUAGACCAAUUACUCCUAAAGAAAUAGAACGGAUGGUUCAGAUCAUUCACAAAAAAUUCAGUUCUAUUCAAAUGCAGCUGAAGCAAUCCACAUGUGAAGCUGUCAUGAUACUUAGAUCUAGGUUUUUGGAUGCCAGAAGAAAGAGACGUAAUUUUAGUAAACAAGCAUCUGAAAUUUUGAACGAAUAUUUCUAUUCCCAUUUAUCCAAUCCUUAUCCCAGUGAAGAAGCUAAGGAGGAACUUGCCAGGAAGUGUGGAAUCACCGUCAGUCAGGUAUCAAAUUGGUUCGGCAACAAGCGGAUCCGCUACAAAAAGAACAUCGGCAAGGCACAGGAAGAGGCAAAUUUAUACGCAGCUAAAAAGGCGGCCGGCGCGUCGCCAUACAGCGGCACGCCGACUCCUAUGAUGUCUCCAGCGCCUCCGCAAGACUCAAUGGGAUACUCCAUGGGCUCCGCGUACGAUCAAAGCUCCGCAUACGACGCCAGUAGUUGCGGAUACGAUCCCAUGCACGCUCAAGAACUAUCUCCGUAAUUAUACGAUUACCGUAUACGGUUCAGGACGUUUUCUGGGACAUUCGAAAAUAGUAAGAGCUAAAAGUAUUGUUUCCAUUUCGAUAAACGGGUUAUAUGUGAAAACGCGAGAGCUAAACUGUUGGCUCAUAGGUCAAGAACAGUUCAAUGUUCCAAAAAACACCCUCAAUUGAUAUUUCGCUCUUUCAAGAUACAUAAGUAUACUAAAGCUUGUAUACCAAUUUCAAUGUAUACUACUUUUUGUAUUUUGUGCAAUGUCUGUGUAUUUAUCAACUUGUGGCAGCUACCGAUUAUUUUUUUAGGUUACGCACACUAUUACUACACUUUUGUGUAGUGUUUCCUGUUAUAUACAUUUUUAUUUUUAAAUAUACAUCUUCUAUAAAGUUUGUGAUGGUUUCUAAAGCAAAUGUGACAGUCUAAAGGAUUUACAACGUUAGUAUACGAACAGUUUUUUAGUAUAAAGAUUUUUCAACGAGGAUUUUAUUACAAAAAUACUUGAUUUGUUGUAAAAGGUAUAUUUUAAAAUACCCAAAAUAAGGGUCACAAGACAAAACGUUUUCGGAUUAAGAAAUCGAUCAUCAGUGUCUAAAAGCCAAAAAAUAGCAUACCUGAGCCACCAAAAUGUGUUGGGUAAAAACCCUUUAAAUGUAAAAGAUUAUGUUGUGUUACAUAUUUAUAUAAAAUGUAAAUGAUGUUCUAGAUAUGCCUGAUGUUACUCAGAGCAACACAGGACCUUCCCACGUGGUUGGAAUUUUUUUUUAGAAAACCUCACAUAUUGGAUUUCAAUGGCCAACUGAUGAACAACUUUAGAACACUGAUGAUGGAUUUCGUAAUCCGAAAGCGUUUUGUCUUAAUGUGACCCUUAUUUAGGGUAUUUUAAAAUAUACCUUUUACAACAAAUCUAGUAUUUUUGUGAUUUAUGGUAUACAGCCAGCUACAGGAAGUUUAUUUUCCUUUUCGAUUUUGAUUUUAUUACCUCCAAAGCUAGAACGAAAAGAGUUUGAUCUGGAAUUGAGCAUGGAGUAUACUGGAGUAUUCUGGAGAAUUUUUUUGCAGGAUCUGUCAAUUAUCGUUUCUUUAGCACCUUUCUGGAUGUUGGCGAUCAGCAUGGCUAUCCUAACUUCGCUUGCUGCUAUUCGCAAUAGUCCAGUUGUCGAUGUAUUGAACCACUUUCGCAGGUUUUGAAGCCUAGAUAUCGUAGAAUAUUUGUAGAUAUAACGUAGAAAAUACAUAGCUUCUGAAAAGAGACUUCAUCAUUAUGAACUCUGAUCUCGCUUUUCCUAUGUGUUGUUUUAUUUCAUUUGUGUGGUCCCACUGGCUGUUUAUGUUAGUACCAAGGAAUGUGUAACUGUCCACCCUGUCAAUUGGUUGUUGGUUAACCAAAAACUGUGUAUUUAAUAUUUCGCGCUUACUGACUACCAUGUACUUUGUUUUUUUUUCGUAUUGAGAUCAACUCCGUGUUCUUUACUUAUUUAUAUCUGAUAUGCGCGACAUUAUUCUUUACUGUGACAAUAUACAGUGUAUUGUCCUUUUCAUGAUCAUUUUUCAGUGCGUAACAAAUGAUAGGAAAAAGGGUAAGUCCGUGAUAAUACACAUUUAUGACAUUUAUUCUAACAUGACAUUUUAGUUAAAUCUGACAGUUGUCACAUUUUAUUUUCAAUUUGGAAUAAAAACCAAUCAAAUGUGUUUCUUGCAUUUAUAAAAUGGUAUUUUCUUUGAUUUGUAUAGUCUUAUAAAUUAUACAGAUUAUAUUUGUAAUAUUAUUAUCUAAUUAAAAAAAACUUAUUUUUUUAUUAUGGCGCCAUCUAUCGACAAAUAGAAUAAUUAGAAUAAAUGUUAUAAAAAUGUCACCGACGAAAUGUAAUCACCGACGUGCCUUUUUUUCUGUCACAUACAAUUGAAUGCGUUAGAAAGAAAUCGAAAAACUGUGACGCACUGAAAGAUGAUCAUGAGAAAUACUUUACUAAUUCCUCGAUAGUUAAUAUUGAACUGAUAAUGAUUCUGAUGUUUUCAUGAUGCAUUUAUGUUCAUAAGUUUCCCGGGUCUUCCCCUUAAAAAUUCAACUUUACCCUUCAGAAUCUACAUAUUUUAUUUGAAGGGUAUAGGCAUAGGCGUAACCAGGGGGUUUUGGGGGUUGUAACUCCCCCAUUGGGAUGUACUUUCAGCUCUAUACGCUUAACACCAUAGCCCUCAGAGACCUUCCAGUAGUUGUAACCCCCCCCCCUUCAGGUAGUUGUAACCUCCCCCCUUAGGAUCAUCCUGGUUACGCCUAUGGGUAUAGGGAAAAAAGGGGGAAUGUCAGAAAUUUUCAUUUUUUGUUUAAAUAAUUCAUUAGAUAGGUUAUAUUCUGUACUUUACUAUACGUAAAUAACACUGGUUAAAAAUGGGUUGUGUCAUGAGAUAACACUAAUAAUAAAAAAUCAAUGGGAAAAUCCCAAUAGUUGGCUGUAUACCAUAGUUUAAAAAACUCAUACAGAAGUAAAAACAAGUUGUAUACUGGUAUAAAAUCGUUUAUUAAAAACUAUCUAAAAUGUCAUCCAAAUGGAUUGCAAAACGUUUUCGUUCUAAUUCAGAACAUCUUCAGUGCAUUCUGCUGAGUAGUUUGAAACUAGCACACUAUUUAAAGUGGUGACCCCAUAAUACACUGGCGGGCAAAAAAUUUAGGUCACUAGAUGAAUUAUACACGUUUGAUGCCUAGAAUUUUCUAAACCUGUUGUCCGAUUUAAGUGAUUUUUUUAGUAUGUUAUAGCUUUAUUAUUUAAGAUUCUCAAUGUUUUAAUAUUGUUGCUAGACAAGUACCGGAUGUCAUUUUAUACGGGAUGUAACAAUCACACUGUGUGUUUUUUCCUUAAAGUUCGGAACACUCUGUGGAAUAUUAUAGCAUAGAUAAAAUAUUGAAAUUAAAACUUAAUUAUAGCCUUAGGCCUUCUUAACAUUUUCUUUUUUGAUUCCUUUGCUUAUGUUGGAUAAUAAAAAAGUUAGGUAUUUUAACAACUAGCCAUGUUCUUCAUCAAUACAGGGUGUUUCUAAAUAGGUGCGACAAACUUUUAGGGGUAAUUCUGCAUGAAAAAAUAUUAAAUGUUUGCUUUAUAAACAUUUGUCUACAAUGCUUCGUUUCCGAGAUACAGGAUGUUGAACUUUUUCUUACAAAUUGACAGUUUAUUUGUUGCUCUAAAACCGGUUUAGAUAUGCAAAUGAAAUUUGGUAGGUUUUAAGAGGUAGUUAUUGCGCAUUUUUUGACAUACAAAUAAAAAUUUUAUAUUCACUAUUGGCGUGCAUACGGGUAUAAAUAUUUUAGAUACAUCCCGCAUGCACGCCAAUGGUGAAUAUAAAAUUCUUAUUUGUAUGUCAAAAAAUGCGCAAUAACUACCUCUUAAAACCUACCAAAGGACAUCGCACACAUCUUAUGGAAAAUAUAAUGUCACUCAAAUUCAAUAAAAUUUAUACCAAUAGAUUCGUUUUAAAUUAACGAUCAAAUCUUAUCAUUGCGCCAACUCUCUAUUUUCAAAAAUAAGAGCAGAAAUUGAUAUAAAUAAAUCUGAAAUCAAAUGGGUAGGUACAUAAGUUAGAGAGAGAAAAAAUAUUUUAAAAUACCCAGAUUUUCGGUACUCCAUAAAUCAGCGGAUUAGUUUCACUAAUCCGCUUAGGCCCAGCGGGAUUUAAGCUGUUAUGAAUAGCACUCAGAGCAAUAAUGAUUGUAAACUAACAUUUUAUGGACUCCAAAAAUGUGAUUUCGAUAAACUUUAAUUGCAAUUUGCGCCGUAAUUAAUAAUAAUUAAGAGUUGGCGCAAUGAUAAGAAUUGAUCGUUAUAUUAAAACGAAUCUAAUCGUAUAAAUUUUAUUGAAUUUGAGUGACAUUAUAUUUUCCAUAAGAUGAGUGCGAUGUCCUUUCAUUUGCAUAUCUCAACCAGUUUUGGAGCAACAAAUAAACUGUCAGUUUGUAAGAAAAAGUUCAACAUCCCGCAUCUCGGAAACGAAGCAUUUGUAGACAUAUGUUUAUAAAGCAAACAUUCAAUAUUUUUUCAUGCAGAAUUACGCCUUAAAUUUUGUCGCACUUAUUUAGAAACACCCUGUAUUGAUGAAGAACAUGGAUAGUUGGUAAAGUACCUAAUUUUUUUAUUAUUCAACAUAAGCAAAUAAAUCAAAAAAGAAAAUGUUAAGAAAGCCUAAUGCUACAAUUGAGUUUUAAUUUCAAUAUCUUAUCUAUGCUAUAAUAUUCCACAGAGUAUUUCGAACUUUAAGGAAAAAACACAGUAUGAUUGUUACACCCGGUAUAAAAUGACAUUUACCUGUCUAGCAACAAUAUUAAUAUAUUGAGAUUCUUAAUUAAUAAACCUGUAAGUUUCAAAAAAAAUCACCCAAAUCGGACCACAGGUUUAGGAAAUUCGAGGCAUCAAACGUGUAUAAUUCAUCUAGUGACCUAAAUUUUUUGCCCGCCAGUGUAUAUGGUUUACAUAUAAUAUUUUGAUAAAAUAUGGUGACUACGAGUCGAUGUUGUUAGAUAUAUUAGAAUACAUGCUCAAAGGGCAACAUGUUUCCCAGAUCGAAAAUGCUAGGUACUCGCCAGUUCAAUGGGCACAGACCAACUGAGAGUUGGGUUUUGUUACCAAAUCGUAAAUCGUUAAUUCUGAAAAGAGACUUCAUUGUUAAGAACGCUGAUCUUUCUUUUCCUAUAGGUUGUUAUAUUUCAAUCGGGUGGUGCCAUUGGCUGUUUUCGUUCGUACUAAGAUAUGUGCAGCUGUCCUUCCUGUCAAUUUCUUGUUGGUUAACCAAAAGCCAUGUAUUUAAUAUUUCGCGCUUACUGACUACCCUGUACUUUUGUUGUUUCCGUAUUGAGAUCAAAUCCAUGUUCUCUACUUAUAUCUGAUAUGCGCGACAUUAUUCUUCGAAUUGAGACAGCUCAUUCAAACACCCAUAUUGGUACACUAAUUCGUAAUUUCUGGUAGGACACCAAGUCACGUGAAUUGCAAACUGUUUCCAGUUAGUCAACCAUAAUGUGACCACUAAUAUUUCGAGUCAUUUCUGUUAUUUGGUUUGAGUCAAUAACUUCACAAUGUAUUUCUUCAUUCACAAUUUAGCUUGUAUUUUAUUCCAUUAGUAAAGACCGUGUUCCAACUGGCAUAAGUCAACUGUUCCAGUCCCGUCUUUUGGAUCUUCAAAAAUACCAUUAUUUUCCAUCUCUAUUCUUUUCCCAAAAGAAUUGUUUAGUAUGUACAUUUUCCUUACCAUUUAGCCUCAACAAUAAACCGUUCCAAUUCUAGAACAGUUCGUGUAUAUGAAAAUUACAAAUAAAAAAGAGUAUACAGGAAACAAUUCUGAACCUAUGCUAAGAAUCGUCGCAAACAUUAUAGAUGACCUUCGAGAAGGUUGUAUACAAAUGUUUGGUACAAGCAUUGCAAAUAAAAGUAUGCAUUAUGUUGCAAGUUAUUGUUUAUUUUUAUAAGUUUUAGUCCUAAACGAAAAAUGAUUGCUAUUGAUUGUCUGUUGAACGGGAAUAGCGAUUGAAUACUUAGGCAGCAAUACCACAAGUAAAAAUAAACCAACUUAGACAAUCUAAAAGGAUACAGUAUGUCACUGGUGAUGUCGUUCUGUCAUUUUUUGAGGUUAGGUCCAAAAUACCAUAAAUUGCGCGCUGCUUUCUUAAAAUGGGUGACGAUUGCGACAGAGAUAAAUGAGUCUAUUAGGUGGGAAGUCUCUUUCUAAUCGAUGGGGUUUAUCCAAUGACGUUGGGUUUGUCGAUCAUGUCACUUUCCCACUAUCGUCGAGUGGAUGAACUCCUCCGAUUAGAAAGAGACUUCCCACCUAAUAGGCUAAUUUAUCUCUGUCGCAAUAUUCACCCAUUUUAAGAUAACAGCGCGCAGUCUAGGUAUUAUAUAUCUAUGAAAGUAACCAAUCGAGAUCUAACCUCAAAAAUGUCACAACGUGUAGUCACCUGUGACGUGUAAUAUCGAUAAAAAAAAUUGAAAUUGCUUAAUAAAAAGCUGUAUUUAUUUUUUAUUAUAAGGACCGACGGGAGAAACGAAGAAUCAAUCUACUUUUUUAUAUGUAUACUACUGACUAAUAAAAAGUAUUUUUGUCUUCCUUCACCAGCUACGAAUGCCAGUGAUAAAUAUACGAAAUAGACAAAUACCGAAGGAAAAUCAAAAAUGACUUGAUGUGCUUAAAUUGGUUUCUUCUUUUCUCUCGCGGUUUCGCAAUCCGCAUCCGUUUUCGGAUGCGUAUUUUAAAUUGUGUUACAGUAUUUAGUGGUCACCCAGUAUAUUUUUUAUGAGGAUAUUCCUAACGUGGAGUUGGUAAUUGGACAGACUAGAAAUUUUAUGUCGUGAGUUUUUAACAAUGAUUUACCUUAAGGCAAAAAAUCUGUAUUUUACAUUAGAAAAUAAAGGAUCUUAAAUAAG